CGUGUCUGCUGACCUGCUGCGCUGCAAUUCCAUUCAAUCACAUAAGAACUGCGAAAUCCAUUUUUGUUGGGAAGAUUGAAGUUUAAAGACAAAAGAAUCUAACAAAACUAGAAAGAGAGAAGAUGGGGGAUCUGUAUGCCCUUGAUUUUGAUGGAGUCAUCUGUGAUAGCUGUGGCGAGAGCUCUGUAUCUGCUCUUAAGGCUGCCAAACUACGAUGGCCCAACCUCUUCGAUUCUGUGGAUUCUGCUAUGGAAAGCUGGAUUAUUGAUCAAAUGCACGUCGUUCGUCCAGUGGUGGAAACAGGAUAUGAAAAUUUGUUACUCGUGAGGUUGCUAUUGGAGAUCCGGAUGCCUUCCAUUCAGAAGUCCUCGGUGCGUGUUGCAGCUGAACUCACUAACGACGGGAUAUUGGAAAACUGGUCAAAGUUGAAGCCUAUCAUUUUGGAGGAGUGGAAUGAAAACAGAGAUUCUUUAGUAGAACUCUUUGGAAAAGUCAGGGAUGAAUGGAUAGACAGUGACCUAUCAAGUUGGAUUGGUGCCAAUAGAUUUUAUCCAGGUGUAUCCGACGCUUUGAAAUUUGCAAGCUCGAGAGUAUAUAUUGUCACCACUAAACAGAGCCGAUUUGCUGAUGCAUUACUGCAAGAGCUGGCAGGAGUUGCAAUGCCAUCUGAUAGAAUCUAUGGUCUGGGAACUGGUCCCAAAGUAGAAGUGUUGAAACAGCUUCAAGCCAAACCAGAACAUCAGGGUCUCACACUCCAUUUUGUUGAGGAUCGGCUUGCUACUCUAAAGAAUGUCAUCAAAGAGCCCGAGUUAGAUGGAUGGAAUUUGUACCUGGGGGACUGGGGGUACAACACUCAAAAGGAGAGGGAGGAAGCAGCAGCCAUUCCCAGGAUUAACCUUCUUGGGCUCUCUGACUUCAGCAAGAAGCUGAAAUAAGUCUUGUGUACAUUCCUACUUUAUUUAAUUUUGAUACCUCCUCUUUACUGGCAGAGCAGAAGAAAUAAUGGGUCUUCACAUACUGCUUACCAAGGGUUGACCCAGUUCUUUUUCUU